AUGGCGAGUGACGACGACAGCCGGGUGGUCUACUCCCUGGGGGACCCCGCCGGGCUGCCUCGCAACGAGACGACGUUCGCCGAGUUACUGCGGGAGCAGGGCUACAGCACCGCCCUCAUAGGGAAAUGGCAUCAAGGCUUAAAUCGCCACGUUCGAGGCGAUCACCAUCACCACCCCGUCCACUACGGCUUCGAUUACUUCUACGGCAUGCCCUUCACGCUGAUAGACGCCUGCUGGCCCGACCCCUCCCGGGACGUGGAGCUGACCCUCUCGGGGAGGAUGGGUCUGCUGGUCCACCAGCUGAUCGCCCUGGCCGUGGCCACCUUCAUCUUGGGGAUAGUCCCUGCACUUGCCUGCGUGUGCUGGACCCUCAUCCUGGUCCCGGUGGUCCUGAUCGUCCUCCUGAGCUACUUCUGGUUCGACAGCUACGGGUCCGCGCUCUACUGGGACUGCAUCCUCAUGCGAGGCCACGACAUCACGGAACAGCCCAUGAAGGCAGAGCGUGCCGGCUCCAUCAUGGUCCAGGAAGCGACCGCCUUUCUAGAAAGAAUCGGCCGUUUUCUCCUCUUCUUCUCCUUCCUCCACGUCCACAGCCCUCUGCCCACGACCGACGCCUUCCUGGGCACCAGUAGCCACGGCCUGUACGGGGACAACGUCCAGGAGAUGGACGCCAUGCUGGGGGAGCUUCUGGGGGCUGUGGACCGCCUGUCUCUCACCAAUCAGACCCUUGUCUAUUUCACAUCUGACCACGGAGGACACUUGGAGGCGCGGAGGGGCCACGUGCCGCUCGGAGGAAGGAACGGGAUCUUCAAAGGUGGCAAAGGCAUGGGCGGCUGGGAAGGAGGCAUUCGGGUCCCGGGGAUCGUGCGCUGGCCCGGGAAGGUCCCCGCGGGACAGGUGAUCGACGAACCCACCAGCCUGAUGGACGUCUUCCCCACGCUCGGCGGCUCUGCGGGGGCCGAGGUACCGCAGGACAGACACAUCGACGGCCGUGACCUCAUGCCCCUGCUUCUCGGCGAGCAACAGCACUCGGAGCACGAGUUUCUCUUCCACUACUGCGAGGUGUACCUGCACGCGGCCCGCUGGCACCCCAGAGACAGUUCGGCCAUCUGGAAGGUCCAUUACGUGACCCCCGUGUUCGAGCCGCCGGGGGCCCAGGCCUGCUACACGUUCUACUACUGCAAGUGUACCGGGGACCACGUCACGUACCACGACCCCCCGCUGCUCUUCGACCUCAGCCGGGACCCUUCAGAGUCCAGGCCCCUGACUCGGGACACGGAGCCCAUGUACGACACGGUGAUCCGCAGGGUGGGGGAGGCGGUGAGGGAGCACCGUCGCUCCGUGCUCCCGGUGCCCUUGCAGCUGUCCCACCGGAACAGAUUCGUCACCUCGCUCAGGCCCUGCUGUGGCCUCUUCCCCUUCUGUCUGUGUGACCGGGAGGGGCAGCGCUCAGACAAGAGCUCUCCAGCAGUCACGUCUUGGGGGACCCUGGGGUGGCCGUCCUGGGAAGAUGAAGGCAAUAAAAGACCAUGA